UUAAAAUUAAAAGUCUAGCUAGGCCUUGUGGUUUGUGAAAGAGUAAGACAAUAAGUUAACCACCACCAAAUAAUUUGUUUACAAAUUCAUUGCAAUAUACUAGCAUUAUUGACUUAGAAUUGGUCUUUGUAUAUGUCUCAAAAUAAUAAUUAGGACCCACAACGUGGAAAUGUCAAAGCUUUGUAUAAAAAAACUAUAAUGAGUACGAAAUAAUUUAAUAAGUAUUACUUGUAGACGACUUGGUGUCGAGUUGGUCUUAAAAUAAUAAUUUAAACACAAAAUUUGGAGAUGUCUACAUAUAUAUGCUUUGUGUCAAUGCAGAUUUAGAUUGACUUUUGAUUGGAGCGACGAGAUAUAGUAGAAACCAAAAGUGAUAAAUGGAAGGCCCUUUGCUAACCAAGAGUGAGCACAUCAAAAUCGAUGGUGAUUCUUCAUCGAAUGAUGAGCAUAAUGUCAACAUUACAAUCACUGACGAUUCUUCAUCAACACCACGUGAAGCCAAGGCUGUUGAACGGUGUAUUCCUUCUUGCACAGGAGAAAUGGAGUGGUGUUGUUUCAUCGAGUUUGUUCUCAAUAUUGUCCAAAUUGUUGCAGCUUUUGUAGUUGUGAAUCGGGCAAAAGAUGAACAUCCAGAAACAUCAUUUCUUAUAUGGAUCAUCGGUUACACUUGUGGCUGUGUUGCUAUUCUUCUUAUUCAAUUUAUAAACUGUGUUUCCUCAAGAAGCUACGAGGUGAUCAUAGACUUUGUGACGGAGAUAUUUGAAUAUUUCUUUGUGGGUUGGGUUUUGCUGUUUCUUUGGAUUUAUCAUAGCAGUUCAUCAUCUCUAUAUGAUAAUACUCAACAUUUCUGGUUAUGUAUGGCUUUUCUUGCUUUCACUUGCAUUCGAUAUAUACCGGCUCAUUUAAUAUUUUCAGCGAUAUGCUUCCUUUUCGUUGUGAUAAUAUGGAUUUGCGCCGCUGUGUUAGGCACCACCCCUAAUACGUUUGUUUAUGUUGCAUUCCUUAUAAUUGUCAUUGGAAUUCUUAAAGUAGUUCAAGAGGUUCUUCAAUUGCAUUUUUGAAUUCUAAGUAUUGGAAACACUUGUAAUCGUUUUUUCAUGAAUAUAGUUGAGUUUUUGACAAAAUAUAUUGAAAACAGUUUCCAUUAAUGAUAAACGAGCGAGGUUCCUAGAACAUGUCCAACUAAUAUCAUUAAGAUAUUAUCGUUAGGUUUGAAACAAUCAAUAAAAAAUAAUCCACUCUUCUGACACUAAUCACCUAAUUAUGCUAAAUUCUCAUUUCAAAAUAAACAUCGCAAUCGAACUCUAAACGCUCACUAAUCACCUUAAUAUC